AUGGUAGUCACCCGGUUGAACGACAACCCUGACUUCUUCCAGACUGAGUAUCCCGAUAUCAAACCUAAGGUCCAACCUCACCUCCCUCCAAAUGAGAAAGGCACCGAAUACACCAUCCCAACCGUCAAGCUCAGCGAUGGCACAUGGAUGAUGGACUCGUACAAGAUAGCCGCCGCCUUGGACAAACUCCACCCCAGUCCGCCACUGGACCUGCACUCCCCUUACCAAGCCAAGGUCGAGCAGAUUGGCGCCAAGAUCACCGCAAGCAUUGUCCCCUUAUGCUACAGCCGUGUGCCCGUCAAUGUACUCAACGAGGCGUCCGUAGACUACUGGUACACGACCCGUCGACAGAGACUCGGCAUGACCGUCCAGGAGUACGAGGAGAAGAACGGCGGCGAGGCGACUUACGCAGGGGCCGAGCCGUACAUAAAGCAGAUGACAGAGUUGUUGAAGGAGAAUGAGGGCCCAUUCUUCAUGGGCUCGCAGGUCACGUAUGCCGACUUUGAAUGGGUGGCUCUUUUGGUGUUCUUCAAGAGAGUCGAUGAGGCCAUCUUCACAGAAGUCAUGAAGAGAACAGGUGACGAGGCUGUUCAUAAUUUGUUAUUGGACGCUUGUGCACCAUGGUUGAAGAGAAACGAUUAUUGA